CGUUGCAAAAAUAUGCUAGAAUGUAAUGUGUGCAUCAUAUUAUUGUUUCCCAGCAGAGAUCUGUAACUCCACAUGCAGCUAUCCUCCUUACAGCUGUAAUAUGCAACUACAAUGGGAGUCUGUUACUAGUGUUUUAAAGUUGGGUUCAACUGUAGAGCUGCUAAAUGUAAUAAACAUAGGCCCUGAUAAUAAUGCUGUUAUUCAAUUCAAUUCCAAGCAUUUUAUGUGUUCCCGAGGGGCAAUUCAAAGGCACAGAGAGCAGCACAUGGGAUGCAAACAAGCAUGAGCCUUAAACAUAGAAACUGUUUUAAAAAAUGCUGCAGUAACCAACCACAUUCUAAGCAGUUGUGAUUAUCUAGGUCAAUAUAUACUGUAAAUUAGACUAUAAGCCGCGACUUUUUUCUCAUGCCCUGGACCCUGUGGCUUAUCCAAGGGUGCGGUUAAUGUAUGGAUUUUUACGGUCGCGCUUCAUGCCCCCAAUACGUUUUUUGCGUGGUCACAUCAGACCAAUGAAAUUACCGAACAGGGCACAGUGGACCAAUGAAACUGUUCGAAUAAAAUCAAAUUCAAGCGCACUAAAUUCUUCAGAUCAGUUAUUUUGGGCUUCAUGCACACAACCUCAUCAUGGAGAAUCCAAGAAGAAAUGCAUACAACGCGGCCUUUAAGUUAAAAGCAAUCAAGCUAGCUGUCGAGGAAGGAAAUAGAGCUGCUGCACGUAAGCUUGGCGUUAGCGAAUCGAUGGUGAGACGUUGGAGAGGGCAGCGUGAAGAACUGACUCGAUGCAAAAAGACGAGAAAAGCUUUCAGGGGUAAAAAAUGCAGAUGGGCCGACCUUGAAAACGUUCUUGAAGACUGGGUGAACACACAGAGAGCAGGCGUUUCCACCGUGCAGAUGAGAAUGAAAGCCAAAUCAAUCGCCACCGAAAAGAAGAUUGAAGAUUUUAAAGGUGGACCAUCUUGGUGUUUCCGAUUUAUGAGGCGAAAAGGCAUAUUCAUCAAGGCACGGACUAGUUCGUGUCAGCAACUCACUCCCGACUACGAGGAAAAACAUACAAACUCCUGCAAAUUCAUUCAAACAAAGAUAGCCGAGAAUUCCAUCGGACCAGACGACAUCAUAAAUGUGAAAGAAGUACCUCUGACGUCUGACCUGCCUCUCACUCCGACUGUUAACACGAAAGGUUUGGAUCUAAACCAAGAGGAACUCUUUGAGGAUGUUCCCUGCCUCCAAGCAGCCUCCAACCAGAACUAUGUUCCAGAUGCAGUGCUGCCGCCUGGAGAGCCGUGGCUCCGUGGCGGUCCUUAUCGGGCGGUGCUGUCACUGCCCUCCUGUCUGUGCCUCUGUGGGGAUGUGGGAUCUGGACUAUCUGGUCCUGGAUCUGCUGGCGAGGAGCAGAUGGGGGAGAUGAAAGUGUUCGCCAAGUGUCACCUGCAGCAGGGCGUUAUGUUCGGGCCAUUUGUCGGGGAAGUGUGCAAAGGACAAAUGCCAGCCAACCUCAAAUACGCCUGGGCUAUCAGGGAUGAUGCUGCUUUCAUAUAUGUGGAUGCCUCUGAUGAGAACGUAUCAAACUGGAUGAGGUACGUAACAUACACCAGCAGCGAAGACAAACACAACCUGGUGGUUUUCCAGUUUUACCGUCACAUCUACUACAAGGUUUCCCAGCCUAUACCAGAGGGGGAAGAGCUCAGGGUCUGGAUUGGGAAGGAAUACGCCACUCUUCUGGGCCUGGGGAUGGGUGACAAUGUGAAAUGUGAAGUUGGAGACAAGGAAACAGCUCUGCGCCUCCUGCAGGACAUCCAGCUGGUCACCCUCCCAGAGCCCAGCAGCACUUCCCUUUGGUCGGACCAGAGCCAAUCACAGAGCCCCAUGCCUGUCAUCAGUGACGUGACGACGAUGUCAAACCCGGAUGCAGCCAGCGAUCCCGGCAUAAUUUCUGGCUCCAUCCUUCCCUCCACCUCCCUAAUCUGCGCUCCCUCUCCUGGCUGUCACUCGAGUGAAAAGUACGAUUUUCUGCCUGGAACUGAGAAAUUGCUGAAGAACCCAAACGCCCCUCCGAGCAGCCCGUGGUACUUUUUUGGGUUCGAGCCGGACCCGACCGGCCGUCCUCUGGAUCGAAGCACCACAGUGUGCAAACUGUGUGUGGAGCAAGUGGGCUGUGCAGGAGGAGUCACCGAUCUCCAAAACCAUCUGCUUAACAAGCACCACAUCAGACCACGUGACAAAGAUCGCAGUGUGACAACAGGUCAACAACGCUCUCAGCCGAUGAUGCUUACCAGCGGUUUGCUCGGCACACUGCCCCUGGUUUUAUCUGCUCAAGUGACUGAUGCCAUCGCCAACUUUCUCAUCUUGGACCUCCAGCCCCCAGCUCUGGUAGAAGGGGAAGGCUUCAAGCAGCUGCUCCACACCCUCCUGCCUUCCUACAAGGAGCUGCUUUCCUCUUGUCAGCUCGAGGACCUCCUGAAAGACCACCACGCCAAAGGCAAGACGAGUCUAGCUCAGCUGUUGAGGCGGAAAACUGGGAGCAUUGAGAGCGAAGAGUUCAGUGACCACACCGCUCCCAUCGAGUUUGAGGUCAGGAGACGUGGCCGACCUCCCAGCAGAUGGAGGGAAGUUCCUCACUUUGUUACGUUGAGUGGAGAUGUUUGGCUCCAUAACUGGCAGGGCAGCACUGAGAGGUACCUCACCCUGUGGGCGCACUACACAGACGGUCAUUUUCGUUGUCAGAAUCUGGCCCUUACAACCCAAAGACUGACAGAGAGUGGAACGAAGGACUACAGCCUUCGAGCAGUGGAGGCCCAGGUGAAGGUGAUAGCACAUGAAUGGGGAGUCUCUCAGCCCAAUCUGGUCUUACUGGGAGGAGAAGGGAGAAACGGGAUGAGGUUGGGGACGAUAAAGAGUGAGAAGGGCGGGGAGUCUGCAGCAAGUGUCUAUCAUCCAAACUCCACGACAUUUCUGGAGCGGGAUGACUCUGUGUGGCCUGAGGAGCCGCGUGCCUCAGAGUAUGGCCAUUCCAGUAGCCGACUUCCACCUGUCCCAUGUUUCUUCAGUGCUGUCCAGGGAUGCAUUGAGGAAGUUAUGGCACACCCCACAGUCUCUAAAACCCUCAGCCAGUUUCAGAAUAUUCUCUCUGCCCUGUUCCUGCCAACUGCCCACAACAAAAGCUUGUAUCAUCCUCACAGCCAGAGCCUCUUGGACGACCUGACGAAACAGGAACAGGCCGGACUGAAGUCGUGGGCUCACAGCCCGCCGACCUGGAAUAAGCUGUACCCUUUACUGAACACGCUCAUCAAACAUAAAAGCCUUGUGUGUGACAUAAUAAGAGAGAUUAAAACUGAGGGUCUCUCCGGAGAAGAUGCUGCUUCAGAGUCCAAUUCAUCUGGCAGCUGCCAUGCAAACUCUACUUCCAACACCUCAGCAAGCAUCUCAAUGUUGCGUUCUGAGUGGAAGGUUCUGGAGGAGCUCUGCUUGGUCCUCAAACCUCUGGACGUGGCUUGUAGAACUCUCGCCAAGGAGGCCUUCCCUCGCCUAUCACUCGUCAAACCCAUUCUCACCGGCUUGCUGUCACGCCACCUUGUGUCCCGGCCCGGAGAUUCAUCAUCCAUCUUGAAGGAGGUCAAGAGGAUGAUGAGGCAGAACUUGGCAAGCUGUUAUGACAACCCUGCUGUGAACAGGGCCCUGAGUGUGGCAUGUUCCCUCGAUCCACAGUUCCACGGGCUGGGCUUCAUGGAGGCGAAGGAGCAGACAGCCACUUUUGACUGGCUAAAGAAAGAAGCUGUGAGGAUUGUGAAGGAGGACAGAAGGCGGCAAGAUAAGAAGCAUAACCACAGUAAGAGAAGCCCUUCACCUGGAUCUCCAGAGUCUGAGAGUGACUACUUGCGGAGGAGCAAACGCCUCAAAGAAUCUCAGCCAAUCAACUUCAGAGAGCUCGAAGACGAGGACGAAGACGAUGACAGUGACCUGGGAGAAGCCAAUGAGAGCGAGUCAGCUGAGCCUGGCUCUCAGGGCGGACUCUCCGGGAUGGAGUUUCUGCUGGGUGACCUGUUCAGCUCGGCUCCCAGGAGCAGACAGAGCUCUGUGGAGGAGUCUGUUGACAUGGAGAUGUCUGUUUUCAGAGCCGACAAGGGGGCUUCGCUGGGAGUGGAGCCCCUGCAGUGGUGGAGGACGAAGGCGGUACAGUUCCCACUGCUGGCCACAGUGGCUAGGGCCUACCUGGCUGCCCCAGCGGUGGCAGGCAACGCUGCGCAGGACUACUUGAAGGAUGGAACUGGAGCCAUGUACAGGAAGAGGUCGAAUAUCCCACCUGAAUGUCUGGACGCGAUUCUGUUUCUGCAUCACAACCACGUUCCUGCUGCUGACAGUGGACAUGCAGCAGCUAGGAGUGAUGACAAAAACAGUGGGAGUGAAAAGAUACCAUAAGCACACACAAACAGCAUCCUUGACUUUUUUUUCCUUUUUUUUUACAAGCUUAUGGUUCUCAGCUGCAAAGCCACUUGUCUUUACCCUCAUCCAGAGUCCAACCAAACCAAAGCCUGAACACAUUUAAAGAUAGGGAGUUUGAAUGAGGAGCAUGUUGUGUGCACUGAGAACACACCUUAACAUUGUCCAUCUUUUAUAUACAUGCUUAGAUUGAAACAUCUUUUCACAAUCAGAAGUUUGAAUGGCUUUAUUUGACCCUAACUGUGCAGCAUUUUGUUCUUUUUAAAAGUCAAGCUACAUUUUUUUAACCAUAAGAAAUGGGAAAAUAGGGGUGUCGUAUUUCUGUUUGUAAUUAAUGCGUACAAAAGAGAAGGAAGACCGAGAAAUGCAGUUUUCAGCAUUUUACUACUGAUUUACAUCUAGCUUUGUUGUGUGAAAAUAUCUUGUAGCGCCAAGUGCCUUACCUUAUUUCACUGCUGUCCUCAGUAGAAGGGUGUGUGUGUGUGUGUGUGUGUGUGUGUGUGUGUGUGUGUGUGUGUGUGUGUGUGUGUGUGUGUGUGUGUGUGUGUGUGUGUGUGUGUGUGUGUGUGUGUGUGUGUGUGUGUGUGUGUGUGUGUGUGUGUGUGUGUGUGUGUGUGUUCUUGCUACAUUGUGAGAACCAUUUUCUGCAUUUAACUAUCAAAGUGAGGACAUUUUUACAAAGUGAGGACAUUUUGGCCGGUCUUCACUUUGAAACAGCCAUGUUUGAGGGUGAAGACUUGUUUUUAGAGAACAGGUAUGAAUUGAGGUUUGGUUAGGGUUAGGGUAAGGAUUAGGGUUAGGCAAUCAGUUGUGAUGGUUAAGGUUAGGGUAAGGCUCUAGGAAAUGCAUUACGCCUAUGGAUGUCCUCACUAAGAUAGAAGUACAAACGUGUGUGUGUGUGUGUGUGUGUGUGUAGGGUAAGGCUCUAGGAAAUGCAUUACGCCUAUGGAUGUCCUCACUAAGAUAGAAGUACAAACGUGUGUGUGUGUGUGUACCCACAAAGUUCUUCAUGGAACCAGUGUGUUAAACAUCUAUCAUGUGCCUUCACUGUUGCAUUAUUACUUGUAUUUGGGGCUAAUAAUCAGUAAGUUGUGAAAGAAAAAAGCCCAAAGACUUCAUGCUGCUCUUCUAUUAAUUCACGGAAGAAAUCCAAACAUCAUAAAGCAAGUUGAUGAUUUCAGAGGGAUCUCAAGAAAAAAGGAUGCAGCUUUGACAAAGAAACUUGCAUGGAAUAAAACAUGCUGUUAGAAUGAAAUGUUUAGAGGAACGUUUCCCUUUAGUUGUGUGGGUCUGCUGUGCUGUGGUGUGUCUGCACCUCACUGUUCUCACAAUAGAAGAAGCCCAGUAGCACAAUGUCUGUAUUCUUGAAUCUUUGCAUGUUCACGUACAUACAGAGUUUUAGUUCUAGAAUCACGUAAAUAUACCUAUAAUCUACUUUUUAAAAUAAAAAUAAAAAAAACCA